AAAAAUACACCAACAGUCUAGCUUGGGUUAUCAGAAUUCAAAUGAAUCGGUCUUCGGUGUCUACUCUGUCUGAAGCCGCGUUUACCGCACACCCCAGGCUCGCCACCCAACUCACUCAUCACCCGAAACCAUCUCAUCCCACACAAAUAAUACAUCCAAAGAAAACAGAACAAUUUGUUUCCAUCCUUCAAACGCCGCUCUGUCCCCCACAGUCCUUGUUACAAUGCCAUUCCCUAUUCCCUCACCCUCCCCUCUUCCUUUCCCAUGUCUCUCCCAAACCACUCCCCACCCCUCCUCCUAUCACUCCUACUCCUCUUGAUCACAAUUCCUACCAUCUCUUGUCAUCUAUCCACCAUAGCAAUCUCCCAUGUCUCCAAUCAAACCAUCGUCUGCGCUCUCCUCCUUUCCCCCAACCCAUUCGACCUCAACUGCACCAGCAUAGCCAAAAGAGUCCAGCGAAACUACCCCUCCGCCAACAACUCAUCCUACACCGCCAUCGCCGCCGGCGAUGGCUUCCUCUGUGCGCUCGCUUCCAUACCAUUCCCCGCCGGUACUCUAUCCACCAUGCGCUGGUGGGAAUUCAAGCAACAAUCCGGUAACAGUUCCAUCCCCGACUCCAAGCGCCUCUACCGGGGGCCUUCUCUCGUCUCCCUCUCCGCCGGCGACACCCAUGUCUGUGGCCUCCGAGGCGGCGCCAUCCGCAAACUCGACUGCUGGAGAUGGCCGCAGCUCCUCGUCCCUCGAGGGCUCAACUUCACCGACAUCGCCGUCGGCGCAGAUUUCGUCUGUGGAUUACUGCCGGCAUCCCAACAGAUCCAAUGCUUUGGAAAUGAUUCGACCGUUGUAAGCCAGAAGCCCAACGGCUCCUACCUCACACUCGCAGCCGGAUCCCGGCACGCGUGCGCCGUCUCCAAGAUUGGUGAAUUGGUUUGUUGGGGAAUCGGAGCUCCGGAAGUGGAGAGAAAUCCAUUCGAGAUCAGCUCAUUAGCCUUAGGAGAGAAUCGGACUUGUGCUCUGAGUACCAAUGGAACAGUGAAAUGUUGGGGGGAGAACUCUCAGCUACCAAACGGCCUCUCCAAGUCCCAAUUUGUUGCAAUUGAAGCCAAAGGCAAUGCUCUGUGUGGGGUACUCAUGGUCAAUUACUCUUUGUUUUGCUGGGGGAAUGACAUCUUCAAGCCCCAUCCCAUGGUCUUCAAACGGGUCCUCCCCGGAGCUUGCGUGCGGAUGUCCACCUGCUCUUGCGUCCUCGCAGGCUCCGCCAACAUCUGCAGCAAGGGCGCCGCCAUCUGCGAGCCAUGCAGUUCUGCACCCAAAGCUAAUCCUUUACCGCCGCUGUCGCCGCCGCCACCUCCAAGGUCUAAUUCAACACCACCGCCUCAAAGAAGUAGCGGUAGCAGGAGAAGGCUAGUCUUUAUAGUAAUUGGCUCCGUCAGCCUCGCCGUCAUAUUAUUGGCAGCCGCCGUAUGGUUCAUCAUUCUCCCAAUUUACAGAAACAGUGGCCGAAUCCACGACACCGUCGGACUCCAUGCCGGAGCAGCAGAGGCGCCGCUGCCGCCGGGCGUGCCGAGUGACCGAAUUCGACGGGACAUUGCGGAAUACUCGAACCCGCUGAUCAACCGGCAGCUGAGCAUCGGUCACAGCUCAACAAUCAAGGAAUACCCGUUGGCAGUCCUCCUUGCGGCCACCGACAACUUCUCCGACGACCACAAGAUCGGCUCCGGCGGCUUCGGGUCCGUCUACCGUGCAGUGCUCGACGACGGCCGCGUCGUCGCCAUCAAGCGCGCCGAGCCGCCCCCCUCCGCCCCCACCGACCCCGCCUCCUCCGCCUCCACCUCCCACGCCGACCAACGCCGCCGCCGCGACCGCGACCGGGAAGCUGCCUUCCUCUCCGAGCUGGCUCUCCUCUCCAGAGUCAACCACAAGAACCUCGUCCGGCUCCUCGGCUUCUGCAACCAAAGC